GGCGGGAGCCGGACUCCGCCCUGGGGCUCGCGGCCGCCCAGCGCGGGGACUCGGGCGGGCGCCAUGGCGAGGACCCCGCAGGCCGGGCGGCGCGGCACGGCCCCCGGGAGCGUCCUGCGCGCGCUGCUGCGCUGCAACCUGCCCCCCGGCGCGCAGCGCGUGGUGGUCUUCGCGGUGCUGGCGCUGCUCGUGCUCAUCAACGUCGUGCUCAUCUUCCUGCUGGCCUUCCGCUGACCGCCGCCGCCGCCGCCGUGAGUGAGC